UUGCCUCUCUUGGUUAAAGAUACAGAACCAUAAAGGGAAGCCUUUCUCGCGAGGAGAGCGAGUUCGGUUCUGCAAUUAACAAGCUCAAUUAACUUGCUGGUUUGUUGGGUGGUAUUUGGGAAUUGCUUUGUAUUUGUACACGGGUUUUGUUGCAUACUAUUGUGGAGGGCGGUUAAAGUGUUAGACAAGUGUAGGCUACAAUGUGGCUUUUUUUGUUUUUUUGUAUUGGCGUUUCAGGUUGAAUUCGAGAAAUCUUAAAUCGCGAUAACUUACCAACGUUUCGGUGUGUUUUAACAUGCCUUUGUCAAGGGAAAGUGUGCUUGAAAACAAAGUGGAGGUAUUUGCUGCCAUGACUCUGUACACCUACCCAGACUUCUGGAGGUCCUACCCAGUGUUGAUAGCUGCCCAGUAUAGUGGACUGCAGCUGAAGGUAAUCUCUGGACCUCCUGAAUUUGAACCCCAGUCCGGCUGCAGGACCGAUCAUUUCUUAGCCAAAUUCCCUUUUGGAAAGGUCCCAGCUUUUGAAGGAGAGAACGGUUUUCAUAUUUGUGAGAGUAAUGCCAUUGCCCACUAUGUGGGUACUGAUGCACUGCGAGGCAUUGGCCCUAAAGACUCUGCCCUGGUCCAGCAAUGGGUGAGCUACGCAGAUGGGGCGAUCAUUCCCGCCGUUGCCAAUUGGGUCUACCCAACCCUUGGAGCCAGCGCCUAUAACAAGCAGGCCAGUGAGAAAGCCCAGGCAGACCUGCAGGGGGCGCUGUCCUUCCUGAAUGAGCACCUCCAGACCCGCACGUUCCUGGUAGGGGAGAGGGUGUCGUUGGCUGACAUCACCUUGGUGUGCGCUCUGCUGCUGCUUUACAAACAGGUGCUAGACCCCUCCCUGCGUGAGCCCUUCUCGAAUGUAACCCGCUGGUUCUGCUCGUGUGUGCAUCAGCCCCAGUUCAGUGCUGUACUGGGUAAGGUGAAGCUGUGCGAGAAAGCUGCCCAAUACAAAGUUAAAGACGUAGAAGCACCAAAGAAAAAGGAGCAGAAGACCGAAGAAGAGGAGGAAGCAGAUACCACUGAAGAGGCGAUGGCAGCAGAACCAAAAACUGAAGACCCCUUCGCUGCUCUGCCUAACAGCCCCUUCGUUCUGGAUGAGUUCAAGCGGCAGUACUCCAACGAGGACCCCCAGACCGUAGCCCUGCCCCACUUCUGGGAACACUUUGACAGGGACGGCUGGUCUCUGUGGUACGCAGAGUAUAAAUACCCCGGUGAGCUGGGAGAGGUCUUACUCAGCAGCAACCUCAUCGCAGGCAUGUUCCAACGUCUGGAGGGGCUUCGCAAGAAUAGUUUUGCCAGCAUGGCUGUCUUUGGGAAGGACGGCGACGGCUCCAUAUCUGGGGUCUGGCUCUUCAGAGGACAGCAGCUGGCAUUCGAGCUCUGCGAUGACUGGAAGGUGGAUUAUGGCUCCUAUUCCUGGAGGAAGCUGGACCCUGACAGCGAGGAGUCAAAGACCCUGAUAAAGGAAUACCUGUGCUGGGAGGGAGAGUUUAAACACGUGGGCAAGCCCUUCAACCAGGGCAAGAUCUUCAAAUAAACUCCCAUGGCUCGGCCCACAGCACAAUGAUGGUUUACAGUAAAACUAAACUUGAUACACUGAAAAGGUCUUGGCGUGGAGAAAAGGGUGAUCGUAGGCAAGCAGUUUCUACAGCGCACUGUUCUUGUUUUGUAUGCCUAAAAUUCCAUCUGUUGUUGGUGAAACAGAACUGUGAAAAUAUGCCACUGUGCAGGGUUUGAACAUGUAUCUAGGUGAGACAUUGUACUGUUAAAUGUUAACUUUGAAAGGGUCAUAAUCGGGAACUAGCAGUGCCAGCAAGGAUCCAUGUAGAUUGUGAGCCCUUUGUUUAAAAACCAAAUGCAUUGAUGUGAUAUUCUGAUCUUCAUUCCCUGCACUGGGAAUGCUUGCAAGAUUGUUUUCAGACUUGCUCAAUGCAGAACGAGACCAAAAGGCCUGUACUACUUGCUAAUCAAACAUUCCUCCAACAUUUAAAGAGAACAAUGUAUUUGCACUAAUGUAGAAUAGCUUAUUUGCCUAUUGGAGCACUGCAUGGCUGUCUACCUUAAAACAUAAGCACUUUCCCUAUGUUUCUUGCACCUUAUUAUAAUGAAGAUGUAAUAUGUACAGCAGAUGAAUAAAUAGAUCUAUAAGA